UGUGGGAGAAAUCUCCCUCGAUUCUUCAACCUCCCCUACCCCCGCUGCCCGCCUCGUCGCCGCCCCUCGCUUCACCGUGCUCGCCACCCCCUUCCCCCCCUCCUCGCCGGCAGCCGUCCCCCUCCCAGCGCCGCCGCCGAGCUCCCUCUCCUAGCGCCAGCGGCCGUCACCCUCCCAGCGUCGCCGCCGCGCUCCCCUUCCUCGCACCCUCGGCCGUCCGAACCCGCGACUCGCCGGAGGAGGCGGUACGAUUAGUUCGAGCAGACGCGGUCGCGGAUCCUAAACGGUUGGAUAUAGUUCUGGGUUUUCGCUCCGAAGAACAAAAUGGACAAUGUUCAGAGUGAGAACCGAACUGAUACCAAGCAAGAUGAUGAUGUGCGCCAAAGCAAACAGGAUGAUGAGGAGGCCCGCCUUGAAGAAUAUAAAAAGAUAAUUGAUCAAAAGACUUCCCUCCGCCGGAGCAACCUAAACCCUGAAAGGCCUGAUGCAAACUACCUGAGAACCCUAGACUCCAGUAUCAAGCGAAAUACAACAGUUAUAAAGAAGUUGAAGACAAUAAAUGAUGAACAGAAGGAUGGGCUAAUGGAUGAGUUAAAAAGUGUGAAUUUGAGCAAAUUUGUCAGCGAAGCAGUUUCUUAUAUUUGUGAGGCCAAACUUCGCUCAGCUGAUAUACAAGCUGCUGUUCAGGUUUGCUCCCUCCUUCAUCAAAGAUACAAGGACUUCUCUCCUUGUCUUAUACAAGGUCUACUUAAGGUCUUCUUUCCUGGAAAAUCUGGAGAUGAUUUGGAUGCAGAUAAAAAUUCGAGAGCCAUGAAGAAGAGAAGCACAUUGAAACUUUUGAUUGAGCUGUAUUUUGUUGGAAUUGUCGAAGAUGCUAGUAUAUUUGUAAAUAUUAUAAAAGAUCUUACAUCAGCUGAACAUUUGAAGGACCGUGAAGGAACUCAAACAAACUUGUCUCUUCUAUCUACCUUUGCUCGUCAAGGGAAGUUUUUUUUAGGGCUACAAUCUCAUGGUCAAGAAGCUUAUGAUGAGUUCUUUAAGGACCUAAAUGUUACUGCUGAGCAGAAGAAGUUCUUUAAGAAAGCCCUGAACUCUUACUAUGAUGCUGUAGCUGAACUACUACAAUCAGAACAUGCGUCUCUUCGUCUAAUGGAGGCAGAGAAUGCAAAAGUUUUAAGUGCCAAAGGUGAACUAAGUGAUGAGAACACAGCCUCAUAUGAGAAACUCAGGAAGUCUUUUGAUCAGUUACUACGUGGUGUAUCCUCGCUGGCUGAAUCUCUUGACAUGCAGCCUCCAGUGAUGCCAGAUGAUGGAAAUACAACAAGAGUUACUACAGGAACCGAUGCCUUGCCUUCUUCUGGAAAAGAAUCAUCUGCAUUGGAACCUAUCUGGGAUGAUGAAGAUACCAAAGCUUUUUAUGAAUCUUUACCUGAUCUCAGAGCAUUUGUACCGGCUGUAUUACUGGGAGAGGUUGAGCCAAAAUUGAAUGAGCAACAUGCUAAGGGCCGCGAGCAAUCUAGUGAGUCCACUUCAGAACAAGAUACUGAACUACAUGACAAUGUUCAAACUUCUGCCACUGAACAUCAACUAGAAGUUAAAGUAGAUGAUGUAGUGAAAGAGAGUGAAGACAAAGAUAAAGAGAAGGGAAAGGAUGGUGAAAAGGAAAAAUCCAAGGAGAAGGAUCUGGAUAAGAAAAAUGAAAGAGAGAAGGAGAAAGGAAGAGCCUUGGAUGGUGCAAGUCUGGAUAACCUCCUGCAGAGGCUGCCGGGGUGUGUCAGUCGUGAUCUCAUUGAUCAAUUGACGGUUGAGUUUUGCUACCUAAAUUCUAAAGCAAAUCGAAAGAAACUUGUGCGUGCCUUAUUCAAUGUUAAUAGGACUUCACUGGAACUGUUGCCUUACUAUUCUCGUUUGGUUGCGACACUAUCAACUUGUAUGAAAGAUGUUCCAAGUAUGCUUCUGUCUAUGCUUGAAGAGGAGUUCAACUUUUUAAUAAAUAAGAAGGAUCAGAUCAACAUUGAAACGAAAAUAAAAAAUAUACGGUUUAUCGGGGAGUUGUGCAAGUUCAAAAUGGCUCCUCCAGCUCUUGUUUUUAGCUGUUUGAAGGCCUGCCUUGAUGAUUUCAGUCAUCAUAAUAUUGAUGUGGCUUGCAACCUUCUCGAGACUUGUGGCCGUUUUUUGUAUCGCUCACCUGAAACUACGAUCCGCAUGGCUAACAUGCUGGAGAUACUGAUGAGAUUGAAAAAUGUCAAGAAUUUGGAUCCACGCCACAGUACACUUGUAGAAAAUGCCUACUACCUUUGUAAACCGCCCGAAAGAUCUGCACGGAUAUCAAAAGUUCGGCCACCUUUGCAUCAAUACAUAAGAAAGUUGCUUUUCUCAGAUCUUGACAAAUCAAGUGUUGAACAUGUUUUGCGCCAACUACGCAAGUUACCUUGGGCAGAAUGUCAACAAUACCUUCUGAAGUGCUUUCUAAAGGUUCACAAAGGAAAGUACAGCCAGGUUCAUCUGAUUGCGCUUCUCACUGCUAGUCUCAGCCGCUAUCACGAUGACUUUGCUGUCGCAGUGGUAGAUGAGGUUUUAGAAGAGAUAAGGGUUGGAUUGGAGUUGAAUGACUAUGGGAUGCAACAAAGGCGGCUUGCCCACAUGCGGUUCCUUGGAGAGCUAUACAGCUACAAGCAUAUAGAUUCAUCUGUUGUUUUUGAUACACUGUACCUUAUCAUUGUGUUUGGUCAUGGAACUCCUGAACAAGAUGUGUUGGAUCCACCAGAAGAUUGCUUCAGAAUCAGGUUGAUCAUUACACUUUUACAGACCUGUGGCCACUAUUUCAGUAAGGGAUCUUCAAAAAGGAAGCUGGACAAAUUCUUGCUACACUUCCAAAGAUACAUUAUUAGUAAAGGGCCCUUACCACUCGACAUAGAGUUUGACAUUCAGGAUUUAUUCGCCGAGCUACGACCAAACAUGUCUAGGUACUCGUCAAUUGAGGAACUUGUUGCUGCGUUAGUUGAGCUUGAAGAAAAUGAACGUUCAGCCCCAGUAGAAAAGGUUGAAAGUGAAAGACACUCGGACAAUGAAUCUCAGAAAAGGCAGCCACGAGAUGCUGGUCCAUCUGUGAAUGGUGAAAGCGCUGCAAAUGGAGUUGAGGAAAAUGGCAAGGAUCAUGAAGUAGCAGAUAGUGAGAGCUAUUCAGAUAGUGGCAGCAUUGAUGGGCGGGAAGAAGAGGAUAUAUUAUCUGAGGAUAAAUCAAAUGAUGGCUCAGAUAAUGAAGGCGACGAUGAAGAUGAUGGCAUUCCUGUUGGUUCUGAUGAAGAUGAGAAUGUUGAGGUUAGACAGAAAGUCAUGAAGGUUGAUCCUAAGGAGCAAGAAGACUUUGAUCGAGAGCUCAAAGCCCUUCUUCAGGAGAGCUUGGAGUCACGCAAAUCAGAGGCCCGUUCAAGGCUCCCUUUGAAUAUGAUGGUACCGAUGAAUGUCCUUGAGGGUUCAAAGGACUCAAGGGCCACAGAAUCUGAGAGUGGAGAAGAAACAGUAGAUGAAGAGGGUGGCAAUGCUGGGAGUAGCAGCAAGGUGCGUGUUAAGGUGCUAAUGAAGAAAGGACACAAACAACAGACAAGACAAAUGCUAAUUCCCGCUGAUAGUUCAAUUGUGCAAAGCACGAAGCAGCAAGAAGCCGCUGAGCUUGAGGAGAAGCAGAGCAUUAAGCGAAGGAUCCUCGAAUACAAUGAAAGGGAGGAGGAAGAACUGAAUGGAGCAUCACAAAUGGGGAACUGGGGUCAAGGAGCUACCAAUACCAGCAGUAUCAGAUCAGGUGGCCGGGGCAGCUGGGAUGGUUCAACACGGGGAGGUGGUCGACAACGGCACCACAUCGCGGGUUCUGGUGGUUUCUAUCACAGUUAUGGCAGGAGAAGAUAAGUUUGCUGCGUGAGUGUGUCCUGAUGGGAGGUGGUCGACAGCGGCACCGCACCGCGGGUUCUGGUGGUUUCUAUCACAGAUAUGGCAGGAGGAGAUAAGUUUGCUGUGUGAGCUAUUUGUCCUGAGCUUUUUGGCAGGGCAAUGCUUCUCUCUAUUUAACCGCCUAACAUACAUACAUCAGAUUAACAGUGAAGGGAUUUCGGGGAGGUUAACACAGCUUGAUGGAUGAUUGCUUCCACCACCCUAAUCUGAAAAGAAGACAAUUCUACCACUGAUGGGAGAUAGCAAUGCCUUGAAGGAGCUAUUUUUUUUUCCCUGAUGGUCCGAAUGAUCUCAAGUUGCUACGGUGCUUUGGUAAAGCUGGUAGUUAUGGCUGUACCUGGAGAGCACAUAUACUCCGGUUGCGCAUGUACAUAUAUAUAACGUAACAUAAUAUGGCAAGGAGUGUAGGUCGUUUGGAAGAUUGUGUUUUGUAGCAAUGUAGCGUGCGCACAUGUGGAUACCAUGGUGGUACUUGCAUAGUUUACAUGGGCAUACUGUUUCGACGCCAUGUGGGGCGGAUUCGAUCACGAUUUAACUGUUUGACGCCCAUUCUAAUUUAGUGGAGUAUUAUUACUGGCAAUGUCGAACAAGCAUCGCAUCUCGAAACAGCACGAUAUGUGUGCACCAUUUGUCUCUGAUGAGUUGUUA